AUGCUAAACACCGAAAUGGAUGACUUCGACAUGGAAUCUGUGGGACCCUGUCCUGUUGUUAGAAGCUGUACGCCUUCAGGAAAGAGCGACGCUUGGGAGUUCGAUUUUUUUACCAAAUCUCAUAGUUUGAUCGAACUCCGCGGACUUUUUGAGGACCUUCAGGAUAGGAUUCGACGGCUUGAAAGCGAGUCCGCGCGCUUGCAGAAUCAGCUGAAGCGAUCUAACCAACAUCACCACAGCCACUGCACGCGGCUUGCCGACGUGUGCGUAGAUUUAGAAAACUAUUUGAUGCGCGAUUCGGACGUCCUGAUGACGAGUCUUGAAGCAGAAAAUAGCGACAUAGAGCCCUUGAACUUGCCUCCUGAUCCUGUCAAGGAGCUUCUUCUUAAUUUCAGGGAGGAGAUCGAGCGCCAGGGGCAGCGAACGGAACUCCGGCUCAGUCAAAUGGAGGAAACUCUCAACGAAUUAAAGCAGUCCAUCGCCCAACACCGUCCUCGAAGCCUCUCCAACAGUAGGACGUCCGUUGAGGAAAACGCCCUAAAAAUCCAACGGCGAUUUUCCAUCGAGAAAACAAACCUGGAGGGUUUUCUACAAUCACAACCACUCAUAGAUUCUACCGCAAUACCUGAGCGGGAGAUAACAAAUUCACUCAAUCGUGCGCAGUCCCCUUCGAAGGAAUAUAUCGACCUGCCGAUUCCGAAUUUCCAUCCGAACUUUGUCCAGAGCGCAGCACUGAAGGCAACUCCUUCGGCCAACGUUGAAAGUCUUCAGCACUGCGUGCAAGGGCUGGAGACUUCCAUGAGGGAGACGGUCGAAAAAUGGAAUCAUCAGCAUAUGCAGCUAUCGAAGAACGCCUACAACGUCCAAUCCCAUAUCCAGCAACAGCAAGACGAACUUCAGUUUGUGAAAGAAGCACUGCGAGAGCACCGUGAGCAAAUUACAGAACUACAAGGGAUUACUCCCUUAGAUGGGGUCUUUCAGGAAAUCAAGGACUGGCUGAUAGAUCUUGAAAAGCGUGCAGUCAAUCAUGGUGAAAUGCAAAAGCAAAUGAAGCGUGUUGAAGCUGAACUUGUGGAACUUAGAAAAGGCCUCAAUUUGGUUAACAUGAAGACUGGAAAUGGUGAAUAAAUUUCUACCUUGGUUGAGUGCGCUGCCGCUUUGCUAUAACAUCCCGUUGAAUCAUCGUAUUCACUCGAAGUGUACACUUAUUUUUGUUAUGGAUCUACAAUAGAUUAUACUGCCGAUUCGCCAUGCGCUUUAUUUCGAUCUCAUUUUUUAUUGUAAAUUUGAAUAUGCUCCAUGAUGUCUGCGCUUUAGAUCACAAAA